UAACCUCCGCCAGGUCCGAUGGUACUCGAAAAGGGCUGGAUGCAGGUGUGCAAACCCAGGAAGGAAGAAAAAAAAAACCUAGCAGAGUAACAUUUAUUUCUCAUGUCAUGUAUUUCAGCUUCCAAGACUUUGAGAGAUGCCACCAGAGAAGAAGGCCAGAGUGGGUAAAAGAACAGCAAAUUCAGACAAAGGUGACGGUGGUGAUGCAGCCUCUUCUGCAAAAGAAAGAGUUGGUGGUAAGAGGAAAGCUGCGGCUUCUGUUGAGUCUGGAGGAAGUAAGCAGAGCUCAGAGUCCCCUGGUUCUCCACAGCCCUGUCACUGGCUGAUGAAGUCUGAGCCUGAGAGCCGCUUUGAGAACGGGAUCGAUGUGAAGUUUGGGAUCGAGGAUCUGAAGGCUUUGCCUAAUCAGACCAGCUGCUGGGAUGGGGUCCGCAAUUAUCAGGCGCGCAAUUUUAUGAGGCAGAUGAAAGAAGGGCAGUUGGCCUUCUUUUACCACAGCAACUGCAAGGAACCGGGGAUAGCAGGAAUCAUGAAAAUUAUGAAGGAAGCUUAUGUGGACCACACACAGUUUGACAAGAAAGACGUCCAUUAUGAUGCAACCAGCAAACCAGACAACCCAAAGUGGAGCAUGGUAGAUGUCCAGUAUCAGAGAAUGGUGAAGCGUUUUCUUCCUCUGUCCGAGCUUAAGAAAUACCACCUCCAGCAUCGCACUAAGGGAGGGCCCCUAAAGGACAUGGCGCUUUUUACAAGGGCCAGGCUCUCUGUGCAACCCCUCACCGCUGAGGAGUUUGACUUUGUCCUGAGUUUGGAGGAAAAAGAUCCACUGUGAGGAUGUGAAAUCAUGAAACUGCAACCUAGUGUAACAUCAGCCGAGUGUUUAUGCAAAGUGUAGUCAGUAUGAAAUACUGUAUUGUUUUGUCUUGUUCAUAAAUACUAUUAAAUGUGUUUUUGUAAAAUUGUGACUCCCAUUAAGGUCUUAUCUCCC